AUGCUUCGUUCGUUUGGUUCUGGCGCUUCCCAGGACGCUGAGGUUGCUGGCCCGAACAGGCCGGGACUUUUCGUCAUCGCCAGGUUUGCGCCGCUCGAUAUGCACCCGAACACCAGCAACGGGACAACAGCAAUUGCAGCGCGGAGUGCCGUUGCUGAAGGGCUCUGCGUUGUCCAGAAAGCUAGCUCGGCGAGCUCACCACCUCCGCCUCCACCCCCGGCACCCAGGAAGAAGAGGUUUCGGUUCUUCAGAUGGACCUUUCGGUUGAUAUUACUGUCUAUGUUUGGGACUGCCGGAUGGACGGCAUAUAAUGUCUAUCUGCAUCGGAAUCCGGCAGAGCAGAUCUCCCCUCGUCCGGACAAGAAAACACUCGUCAUUCUAGGAACCGGAUGGGGCUCUGUGUCUCUCCUGAAGAAGCUCGAUACUGAAAACUACAAUGUCGUCGUCAUCUCUCCGCGGAAUUUCUUCUUGUUCACGCCCCUUCUCCCUUCGUGUACCACCGGAUUGAUCGAGCAUCGUUCGAUUAUGGAGCCUAUCAGAAACAUCCUCCGCCACAAGAAAGCCACUGUCAAGUACUACGAAGCUAAGGCGACCAAGAUCGACUAUGAAAACCGUGUUGUCCAUAUCAGUGACGAUUCAGAGAUCAAGGGUGAUACCUCUCACACUCAAGUUCCAUUCGACCUUUUGGUUGUAGGAGUCGGAGCCCAGAAUGCUACUUUUGGCAUCCCUGGUGUCCAAGAACACUCUUGCUUCUUGAAGGAAGUUGGUGAUGCUCAGAAGAUCAGAACACGCAUCAUGGACUGUGUUGAAACCGCCAUAUUCAAGGACCAGACUCAGGAUGAGAUCAAGCGACUUCUCCAUAUGGUGGUCGUUGGCGGUGGCCCAACUGGUGUCGAGUUCGCCGGUGAGCUGCAGGACUUCUUCAACGAGGACCUCAGGAAAUGGGUUCCUGAUAUCAAGGACAACUUCCAUGUCACCCUAGUUGAAGCUCUUCCCAAUGUCCUUCCCAUGUUUUCCAAGCAGCUGAUCGACUAUACCGAAUCCACUUUCAAGGAGGAGGCUAUCACCAUUCGAACUGGAACCAUGGUCAAGAACGUCACCGAUAAGUACAUUGAAGCUCAGGUCACCAAAGAAGAUGGCUCAAAGGAGAUUGAGAAAAUUCCCUACGGUCUCUUGGUGUGGGCCACUGGAAACGCUGUACGAGAUGUAGUCCGCGAUCUUAUGGGCCAAAUACCUGCACAGAAGAAGUCCCGCCGUGGUCUCGCUGUCAACGAAUAUCUCGUCGUGAACGGAACUGAAAACAUCUGGGCUGUCGGAGAUUGUGCCAUAACCAACUAUGCUCCAACCGCUCAGGUAGCCAGCCAGGAAGGUGCCUUCUUAGCUAGACUGUUCAACACCAUGGCGAAGACCGACGACAUCGAAAAGGAGCUCAGUGCUCUAUCGAUUGCGCAAUCAGAGGCCAAGGACGACACAGAUCGCAACAAGAUCCUAGACGAAAUCAGAGCCCUGCAACACCAGUUGAAACGAACCAAGCAAGUUGGUCCCUUCCAAUACUCUCACCAGGGAAGUUUGGCAUACAUUGGUAAAGAGCGUGCCGUAGCCGACAUCAGCUGGUUGAGCGGAAACAUCGCCAGCGGUGGAACUCUGACCUACCUCUUCUGGAGAAGCGCCUAUCUGAGCAUGUGUUUUAGCACACGCAACCGUGUCCUGGUCGUAGUCGACUGGCUCAAAGCCAAACUCUUCGGCCGUGACGUCUCUCGGGAAUAA